AUGCCGCUGGGGCUGAAGCCCACCUGCAGCGUGUGCCGCAGCACGUCCUCCUCCAUGUGGAAGAAGGGCGGUCAGGGCGAGAUCCUGUGUAACAACUGCACGGCCCGCUCCGCGCCGCCCGGGCCCGCCGCCUUCGCCACCACCUCGGCCGCCGCUCAGCACAGCAACGGCGGCGGCGGCGGCGGGAAGCAGAGCAAGCAGGAGAUCCACCGGCGGUCAGCGCGGCUGAGGAACACCAAGUACAAGUCGGCGCCCGCCGCGGAGAAGAAGGUUUCCACGAAGGGCAAGGGGAGGAGGCACAUCUUUAAGUUGAAAAACCCCAUCAAGGCUCCCGAGUCUGUAUCCACUAUAAUUACAGCAGAAUCAAUCUUUUAUAAGGGUGUAUACUAUCAAAUUGGAGAUGUUGUUUCAGUGGUUGAUGAGCAGGAUGGAAAAACAUACUACGCUCAGAUCCGUGGGUUUAUUCAGGACCAAUACUGUGAAAAGAGUGCUGCGCUAACCUGGCUUAUUCCUACGCAAGCCAGCCCCAAAGACUGUUUUGACCCAGCAUCCUAUAUCAUAGGACCAGAAGAAGAUCUCCCAAGGAAAAUGGAAUAUUUAGAAUUUGUUUGUCAUGCACCUUCGGAAUAUUUCAAAUCUCGAUCGUCUCCCUUCCCUACUGUUCCUACAAGACCAGAGAAGGGCUAUAUAUGGACUCAUGUGGGACCUACUCCUGCAAUCUCCAUUAAGGAAACUGUUACCAAUAAUUUAUAAUUUUUUAAAGGAAUACUUCGGACGAGUUAUUUUGGGUGUAUUCUCAGGUCUGUGAACCCCAUACAAGAAGCUUAAAAAAAUUAUAAAAUGUUCAUUUUACUUUAUGGAUUACGGUAUUUAUUUAUUUUUAAAUUAGAUCUUUAAAGUGGAAGUUUCUUUCCAUUUGAUGCGUCAUUUCUGUGCUCUGUUCUUCAGACAUUAUUGCUCAUUUUGGGACAAACCCACAAGUUUCAUGUCAUCUUCGAUUUUGGUGAGCAAAUAAUUGACUUCUGAAAGUUGCCUUUAGUGUUCUCAUUUUCUAACUUAUUUUCCAGAAAAGGAGUUAAAAGACAUACUCUAAGUCAUCCAGCACUUUAUAUGCUUGUUUAAUUUAGUUAACUGUGACUGCAGUUUUUGUUUACUUCUUAAAUAUUUUAAGAUUAGCUUCAAAUAAACACCAGACUUGGUCAGUGAUGCAGUUAACAGUUUUCUAUUACACUGGAGAGGAGUGAUCUACUUAGAUUUCUCUUCUUCAGACUAAAACCUAAUCAUCUGCAAGACAGUACUCUAUUUAACCUUUUAAGGGAAUUUUGUUCAGCUGAAUCUAAAACAUGGGCUUAUGUAUGUAGCUUCCUGCUAAACUUUACUUAUAGAAGGGGAUAAAUUUCUUGGAAAGCUGGAUGCAGAUUUAAAAAUUAAUGUUAUUUGGCUUUGCCAUCCUGGCAUCAUCAUGGCAGAAAUGUAUCUUCAUUUCCUGAGCAAGCCAACGCUGAUGUAUGAUUUGAGUUUCACGUUGUUACUAUUUGUGUGUUAGCUUGGUCUCUUAAAAUUAAUUUUAAAUUAUUUUUUCAGUCUUUGCAAUUAAUGAUGGUAAGAAGAAAAUCCUCAAGCAAUUCAAAUGAAAAAAACAUUUGCUAAGGGAAAUAAAGCCUAAUUUUAUAUAUUGA